AUGCCGUCCAUUGACGUUUCCGCCAAAGAAGAGCACACGCCUGCCCCCAGGUUUGGUAUCGCGUCGGUCACGGCGUUCGAAGUGUUCGUCGCCCUCGUGUACACGAUCUCGAGUCGCGGGGCGGUCGACCCACGUACGUACUUUUGUCCGCUUCAAUCGCGUAGCUCGGUACGUUUGAAUGGCCGCCACCUGCUCCUCUUGGCGCGCAGCGUCGAGGCGCGGACGAUCCUGAACACGUCCACGAUGCAGCGCGGGCGUGUCGCCGGGUUGUUGGACAUUGUCCUGUUGCCCGAGUGGCUCAAGCGAAGCGUGCUGGCAGGGUAACGUCCGCCAAGGCGCGCUGUGGAUGGCAGCGCCAGAGCAGAACGGAGCAAAGCCUUUCGCGCGAGCGACGGCUACUUCGU